AUGCCACGGGGACAGAAGAGCAAGCUCCGUGCUCGUGAGAAACGCCGCCAGGCCAGAGAUGAACAACAGAGUCUCAAGGAUACUCAAGCCAUUUCAGCAGGAGGGUACAUCUCCCGCUCCUCACAUGGUUCUGGUGAUGCUGUCCCAAGCACCUCAUCAGCUGGCUUGCCCCAUAAGUCUCAGGGAGCUACAUCCAUCACCACUGCUUCUGUAGGUGGUUCACACAAAAAAUCUGGUAAAGGUGGCAGGAGCCAGGAGGCUGAAGGUACACAUUACUCUAGGGCCCCACACUCCACUAAGAGCUCUCAGAAGGAGCUUCUCCUGAAGAAGGCAGGGAUGUUGAUGCAGUACCUGUUGUAUAAAUAUAAAAUGAAAGAGCCCAUUUUCAAAGGGGAAAUGCUUAAAAUUGUCAACAAAAGUUUCAAGGAACAUUUCCCUGAGAUCCUCAAGAAAGCCGCUGAGCGUAUGGAUCUGGUAUUUGGUCUUGAGUUGAAGGAAGUCAAGCCCCAUGGUAACACCUAUACACUUAUCAACAAGGUAGAGCUCAGCAGCAAGAAAGAUAUGAUCACUGGCUUAGGCUUUCCCAAGAAUGGGCUUCUGAUGCCUCUCCUGGGGGUGAUCUUCUUAAAUGACAACUGCGCCACCGAGGAGGAAGUCUGGGAAUUUCUGAAUAUUUUAGGGGUCUAUGAUGGGAAGACACAUACAAUCUUUGGGGAUCCCAGAAAGCUUAUCACCCAAGAACUGGUGCAGGAAAGGUAUCUAGAAUACCGGCAGAUGCGUGGCAGUGAUCCUCCGCGCUAUGAAUUCCUGUGGGGUCCCCGAGCUCAUGCUGAAACUACUAAAAUGAAAGUCUUGGAGUUUUUGGCCAAGGUUAAUGAUACUGAACCUAGUGACUUCCCAGCCCAUUACGAAGAGGCUUUGAGAGAUGAAGAAGAAAGAGCCAAAGCCAAAGUUCCAGACAGGUGUGGCACUACUGUCAAGGCCAAGGCAUGUGCUAGAGGGACACCUGGCAGCUCUUACUGCCCCUAG